UGACCAUAGUUCAUGAAAAGGGGAUGCCAUUUCGCAACCAUGCUUGAAUCACCAAACAGCAGCCAAGACCAGUAGCGCUAGACUUAGGGCAGAAAAGAAUGGGGGCCUGCGUCCAAUAAUGGUCGGCUAGAUAUCGCUGGUUGCUAUUGCAGAUUGAGUUGACUGAUGUCCCGAUGCAGCACCCCUGCCACGCUUCCCCGGGCCGAUCUGCGUUUACGUACAACCACUGACUCACUUGCUCACGAGUCACGAGGCUUGCUUCCGGCUGUGCUCAGAUGACGUCUUUUCGGCUGAAAAGAUUGCAAGCCAAGAAACCGUCGCCAGACCGCCAAGUGAGGCUGGCCACCUCUGGCUUUUGCAAGCGCGAGGCUGGCGCUGGCAGAAGUGGCUCUUGUUGCGCUGCCCUCAUCGUGGCACACCAGCACGCCCUCGCGGGCGCAUUCUUCAUUCGCCGCCCUUGCGCUCGGCUACUCUCUGCCCCGCCAAAUAUUUCCCACCAUCCCCAGACUUUGCUGUCUUCAAGAGUGACACUGCGCCCAACCACCCUUCUCCUUUCGUCUCUUACCUUGUUGGACACACAGCCAAUAAUCCAGCGACGACUACUCUUUGACAGCCGUAAAUCGGGGUUCCGUACAGCGACCACGAUCUCUCUGCCCGCACAACGCUCCACCCAACAUAACCAAGCGGUCGUUUUUUGCCUCGAAUUUAACAUCACCGACAACUACCAGCGACAACAAACAUGAGUGGCGACCUGCAAUCCACUGGCCGCGGCGGCGCUGGCAACAUUGGCGACGCGACC